UCUGGCGAAGCUACGGUAGCGAGGUAGCUCAUUGGUUCAACGUCACAUCGUUGUCUUCAUGUUUACAGCUAGUCGGACACAAAAUGUUUAGAUUUCAGCUGGAAUUAGUGCCAGCAUGCGGCUGGUGUCCGUGAACAUGAGUGCCGCAGGGAGAACGUGUGGUGCGUCCAGUCCGCAGUCCGCGUUGUUUCCUCGGUCCUCCUCGGUGCUGGUUUCCGCUCAUUAGCAUCACCCAUCGCUCGGCCCAGCGUCCAGCAGCGAUGUACAAGGAGGGGGACGAGCUGCAGGACGACUGCGGCUCCCGGGAGGAGUGGACCCUCCUGUUCUGGACCUCUCUGGCCGUCAUCGUGCCGGUCAUCAUCACACUGUGGUGCAGCGCCCAGCGCUCCAAGCGGAAAACGCACAUGAAGGAUUUCUUUCGCAAGAGCAAGCACGGCUGGCACUACACGGACCUGUUCAACAAGCCCACCUACUGCUGCGUCUGCUCCCAGCACAUCCUCCAAGGGGCUUUCUGCGACUGCUGCGGCGUGUGCGCCGACGAGCAGUGCCUGCGCCGGGCCGACCGGAGCCUGACCUGCAAGGAGAUCAUGGCCCCCUCGAGCCCCGGCGGAGCCAUGGAGCACCGCUGGGUCCGCGGAAAUGUCCCCCUCGCCAGCUACUGUGCAGUAUGCAAACAGCAGUGUGGGACCCAGCCGAAGCUCUGCGACUUCAGGUGUGUGUGGUGUCAGGCCACAGUGCACGACGACUGCAUGGACAGCCUGCCGGACGCAGACCAGUGUGACCUGGGCGAGUUCCACAGCCUCAUCAUCCCUCCUCACUACCUCUACUGGGUCAACAAGCUCCGUCGCCGGCACCCAGACGAGUACAGCAAGCUGGCGUUGUCCUGUGGCAGUGGCUGGACUCCAGUUUUGGUCUUGGCUAACACACGUAGCGGAAACAACAUGGGGGAGGUUUUGCUGGGAGAAUUUCGCACCCUUCUGAACCCAGUGCAGGUGUUUGACCUGUCUGAGCUCACGCCCUCCAAAGCCCUCCAGCUGUGCACCCUGCUGCCCCCCGGCAGUGUGCGGGUGCUGGUGUGUGGGGGUGACGGCACAGUGGGCUGGGUGCUGGAUGCCAUCGAUACUAUGAAGCUGAAGGGCCAAGACCAGUUUAUGCCAAGGGUGACCAUCCUGCCCCUGGGGACAGGAAAUGACCUUUCCAACACUUUAGGCUGGGGCGCCGGGUAUGCUGGAGAGAUCCCUGUGGAACAGGUUCUCCGUAACGUCCUUGAUGCAGAGGUGGUCAAAAUGGACAGAUGGAAGGUGCAGGUGGCUUCAAAAGGCCUCUACUUUCGUAAACCAAAGGUUCUGUCCAUGAAUAACUACUUCUCUGUGGGGCCCGACGCUCUGAUGGCGCUCAGCUUCCACACACACCGCGAGAAAACCCCCUCCUUCUUCUCCAGCCGUAUCAUCAACAAGGCUGUUUAUUUCCUGUAUGGCACCAAAGAUUGUUUAGUGCAGGAAUGUAAGGAUCUGGAUAAGAAGAUUGAGAUGGUGACCAGGCAGAGGAGGGAAAGAGGGAAACUGAUUGUCGAGUACGUGGUCUGUCUCUCUGGUGCGGCUCCUACUGGCAGCUUGGAGUUUGGGAUGCAGGAUGUGGUGGUAACCGCCAUUAGAGACAAAUAUCCCCUGCUCAUAUUCAAGCAUCGGCUGUUAUUUUUCCCUCUGCAGCUGGUUCUCAAGAGCUCCAAGAUGCCCAUGCAGGUGGACGGGGAGCCGUGGGCCCAGGGUCCCUGCACCAUCACAAUCACCCAUAAGACCCAGGCCCUCAUGCUGUACCACAGCAGCGAGCAGACGGACGAUGAUGACGACGAAUCCAGCGCCUCUGAGACGGAGAGCCCCACCCCUCACGACUCACCCAGGCCUGCAGGGCCGGCCUCCGCUCGUGCAUGACCCACCCCAAACAACACGUGAUCUGAAGCUCUUAUUGUCUUAGUGUCUGUCUUCUUUCUGCAGCCCAGUUUCUAUGAGUCCCUCAUUUGCAUUGGCACUUACUCGCCCCUCCUCGAUGAUCUUUGAACACACUCUAUCCUCAAAUCAUGUCGAUCAGAAUAGGUGUCAUACAUUUCCUGUAUAAUCCUUUCAUAUGUUUUCAGGGAGCUCACGGGUUAGAAAGGUCUGUUUGGAAUUGGGGCCGGCGUGAUUUGUUUUUGGGUGUUUUAUCUCCACACCCCCCAUACAUUGUAACCCAGAGCUCAGGCAGUUCCCCCUCCACAGGUGGGACAGUCAGGAGGAGGUGAAUGUUUCGGAGAAAGAUUGCUGUUUAUUUGCACUGAUCCCUCGUGCCAUAGAUAUCUAAUAGUCGACAAUACUGUAUUUAUUAUACUGUAUUUUCAAUUAAAUGCCCAGUGCAGCCCUGCAGGUAUCAGUGAGCCAUUUUUAACAAGUUGCCCAGGUUCAAUUGACCAAAUGCCCUCAAAGCCAUGUCUCAGUCAACAGCAGGUGAUAAAGUAGUAAUACAGUGCUGUCACAAUGAAUGGCUGACGGUACAUGCAAAGCUUUUUGGCCCAUUAGUGUUUUUUUAACUCUGAUAAGAGCACAAACAGCAAACGCAUUUUCUGCAAAAGAUGAGUGUUGUACAGAUGGUGGGUGAAAUGUGAAACUGUACAGAAUAUCUGUUAAAUUCCCCUUUCAGGCUCCUCGUCAUCACAGCGUUGAUAGUUUUUAAGUGUCUCCUGCAUGUGUUGAUGAUGAGGCUUUGAAAUAUGUGAAGGCAAAAAGGUCUCUGAAUCUCGAUGGAGCAAAGGCUCUGUUACAACUGCAAUGUGUCAAUCAAAUGUGUCAAUCACUGGACGUCUAUGCUAGUUUGCUUACUUCAUGAUGCACUGUCUCACGUAGCUCGCCAAAACUGUUAGAUUGUACUAAGAUACAGUCUCGAAGCUAUAUUUAACUUUCCUGUAGGAGCUACAGGAAACAGCCUGACUUGUUUACUUUGAAAGUACUGCCAAGUAACUGUUGUUGGGGAUUUUCUUUUUGCCUACGUGUAAAACCUUUCGUUUGUCCUCGUCUUUACAUAGUUCCUCGUGUUUACAUAUUUUGUGCUGCACUGUUUUGGCACUUACACUGAUAAACACCUUACACUGCUUAGGACAUAGAUGACACCAUAAUGUUGAAAUUUGAUGUUGCUGCCGAUUGUGAUAACUGCUGAUGAGAUUAAGCUGUCCUAUGUUGUUACUUUAUGUUACUCAAGUCAUCCUCUUGCAUUUCAUCAUUUUGUGUUUUACCAGAUAGUCACCACAAGGUGGCAGAAUAAAGACAGUGUUUUCUGUAGCCAGGGUCUUUACACUAAUCUCUACAGUUUAAUAUUAAGACCAUCAGAGUUACUUGCAUGUACUUUUCUGUGUUGUGUUCAGGUGACGUUGAUCUAACUGUUCAUCUUUUCAGAACUCAUAAUGUGUGUAACAUAAUGUGUGGAGGAGGUCAUUUGUCCUUAUUUCUGUCAAGUAGCCUACUCGUAGGUACAUUCCUUUUACCAUUUGAGGUGGUCCUGUUUAUUGCAGAAAGAAAAAGAAAUUGCCUGUUGCUCACAGCCAUAUAAGAAAAGUCUACAGUGUUAGUUUAUGCUUAACCCGGAGCCAGCUUGUUGAUCAUAAGGCUGAACAGGGAUCCGUUUUUAGCCGUGUGAUGCCUAUGCUUUUGGAAUAUGCACCUCCUUGGCAGGGAACCUCAUGGUUUCAUCACUGUUUGUUUGGUGAAUUCUUCUUGCUCAAGGACACCUGUUUGAUCUUUUACCUGAUCCAUGUUUACCAGAAUUGUGUGUGUUGUGUUGAAUUUGCUGAAAUGUAACUGGGGUUUGUUUGAAGGUUUUUAGCCACACUAGCAGCAUGGCUCUAGUUCAAAACACUGUUUUCGAGUUAUAUACCUCAUUAGCUGUAAUGCAGUCUGUUACAGACAUUGAUGGUCCACAGGGAAGAGUCCUAAUCAUUUUGUGUAUCCUAUUUAUUCAGCCCCACCAACAGGUUAAAUGUGUGACUGUCAAACACUUAAGUUUGCAUGUACGUAUGGCAGCACAUGCUAACAUGUUAAGUACAAUUAAUUUGAAUCAAGUAAGAACUUAAAGCUGCAGUCAAAUAGUGUGUAUGUGUGUAAUGGAUCACACUAUGUUCCCAGGCUCCAGUGCUAAGAAAUAAGCAUCUGUCCCCUGCAAUAUGCAGUAUAAAAUAUGUUAAAUAUUUGUCUGUUAUUAUUUCCUAUUUAUUUUCCAAUUUAUUUCCAUUUGUUAAAGAAAACAGAAGUGUGACUCCCCUCUUCCAACUUUACACUUGGUUUUGCCCAGUACCUCCAGAUCCUGUUAAAGACUCUUUCUUAAAUGCCACCAGCCAAAAGUUUUGCAACUAUAGACUAUCAGGGGAAAAAACAAUAAAAAUUCUAGUAAGUCAUUCCCAUGCAUGCUGCCCAGAGCAGUGAACAGCUCUUCUGCCAACAGCGUUGGUCCCUUAUAAACAACAGAAAAUAUCAAAACAAAUGUCAAUGUAGUCCUCAAAAAUGUUCUAAAUGUGCAAUUUUUCAUUUAGCAUUGUGGGAAAUGCAUUAACUAAUUCUGGUGGAGGGCUCUCAUUUGGACCUAGGAUGUAACAGUAAGUAAAGUGCUCUCCCAUUUUAAAACCAUCCAACAAAUUUGUUUCCUGGUGUGUAAUGAUGGCUAUUACACCUCACAAGGUUGCUAGUGUGACUAAAGACUUUUACUUGUUUUACUGUUGAGAGUUGUAGGAACAUGACUGUGAUGUUUUGAAUGCUCCCAAUUCAUAGCUGUCAGUUUUAUUAAUUGUUCAAUCUUGGCAGAUAUAACAGUAUUUAUAUAGACUCAGUUCAGCAAGGCAAAUGUCACCAUGGUGUGUACCAAAAUGCUUUCAUUAUUACUUAAUAUAUAUUUGAAUAGGCUUACUUCUUUGCUGUCAAAUAUCUGUAAAAGUAACAACCCUACAGGCUGACUGAAGGUUGACUACAAUAUGAUCUUAAAAGGAAGCAUUAUUUGGCCUCUGCUAAAGAGAAAAUACGAAGGACCUGUGUCUGGGAGAAAAUAAGCUUUUGGUAACAAUCAUGUAAAACUAAGCCAUUGACAAAAAUGGUAGUCAAGAGGGUUGUUGGGGAAAUUGUUACUACAGGUGACAAAUGGAUUUGGAUUGAAUGUAAUGCAAUGUUUUGAAUUUGAAAACAUUCCCAUAAAUAUUUUCAUAUAGAA